AUGGAGGCUGUUGGAUCCGCAUCAGCAAUCAUCGGGAUUGCAACAACCGGGAUUCAAUGCUCCAUCAAGCUACUUACGUUUGCGGACCAAAUCAAGUCCGCCCCGGAUGAGAUCACAAAUAUUGCUGAGGAUAUCUCAGUUAAUGCUAGUAUUUUGCAGCAGUUGGGUGGACUAGCUGACAAGGCACUAUUUCACACACAAGCAGCAACCGAUACCAACACCAACAACAGCAUCAGCAAUGGAAAAGCACGGACGGUCAAUCCUGAGGCCAUUGAUUAUAGCGAUACGGAAGGCCAUGAGCCACAGAACGGAAUAUUCAACGCAGCCGGCUUUGCGAUCGUCAUGAAUCUCGCUUCAAAAUGUAACGCUAUCUUCGAAAGGCUCGAAGAAGGACUGAGGAAGGCGAGUAAGCAGCUGAGGGCAAAUCCUCAUAGCAAGGAUCCCAUCAGACUUAGUCCAGCGGAAAUGGUGAAAUGGCCGUUUGUCAAGCCGCAAAUGGAUGCCAUGAGGGCAGAACUACGCAAUGCAAAGGGGACUCUGAUGCUCAUGCUUCAAGUUGCGAUGCUACGCUACUCGAAGAAGGUCAUGGAAGGACAUGCCACAAGAACAAGCCUGAUCGCAUAUUCCCAAGAAGAUCAGUAUUUGCUGAAAAGAUCAAUCGUAGCUGCGGAGAGAGCUCGAAUUGACAUCGCGAAACAACAAGAUGAUACUUGGGCUGGAAAUCGAGCCGCUAGUGUGACCGAGAGGGACAACGUCGAUGAGAACUUCCAACCUGCGGAGAUCACCACUACGCGACGACCUCCAGUCCGGGAAACCAUGCUAGUCAGGGACUGCCACACCAUUGAAGUCAAGAAUUUGGACUGCCAGCCUCAUAGAGAUAAUGCUUUCUGCUCUGCACGUACCGAGCCAAGGGAUGCAGACAAAGCACUAGCUGCAGAUGGCGAUACCGGUAAUCCAAUCAGAACUGGUCCGGUCAACGAGGGAUCUGGGUGUGACCUUCACUCUCUCUACUACUCUUCUGAAUAUAUCAACAGAUCAUCUAUGGCAUCAAUCAGCUUAGCCACGGAUGCGCCACUCGGCGUAUACUUAUUAACAACCAAGCUUCAGAUAGCGCAUGGGAAGCACCACGUGCAGUACCGAGUCCGGCGUGUGAAGAUCCCACGCCAGGAUAUUGACUCCCAGAUAGAUCAGUGGAAGAAGUCAUCGAAUAGUACAGUACUCAAUCAGCUUCUUGCUCUAUCGGCCGAUGAACAACAGGCACUAGAUGAACUCAAUCUUGAUGGUGACCAUGACAACAUCACGGGCACCGACGCAAUCGAAUGGAUACAUGUCGGCGAUCUCUUACCUGUUGACGGAUUCGAUGAUAUCCGAGCAAGAAGUAUCACAUUCAUCGUGAAACUCAAGCACCCAUCUACAACUGUUAAACGAAGAGAACCGAAGUCUGAGGUCUUGAAAGAUCAGCAGAAUAUUGCAAUCGACUUCAGUGUAAAUCGCCACAGUAUUUUCCCCGAGAGUCUUAACGCAUUCUGUUUACCCUGGACGUGGAAUGAGAGUGAUUAUAACUAUAUGCUUGUCAAUAAAGCUAUGUUCAACCAUUUUGAAGGGGAAUUAUUAGCACACACGCGGAGACUAGUGAAUGAGAGGUCUAUAACGCAGCUUGGCAGCAAUCGAACGGAGCUUGAGGUUAACGACCAAAAGAAAUACAGACGUCCCAGGCUUUGGCUCCAUAUCAAAAGACUGUUGAGACCUAUUGAUCCCAGACAUAAGAUAAACGCUCCUAAUAAUUCUUCCGAUCCUAUGCUGGGGACAGGGGUUGCAGGAGCCGCAGCGGGUGAAGCAAUGGCAGCGGAUGUGUCAUUUGUAUUGGCUGGAGGGCUUGGAGGGCCUGCGCGGCAUGGACGGCGUGGAAGGAGGUAUUAUGGAAGGGGGGUGGAAGAAAAUGUCGAGCGCACUUCACAAAUUCAAGGUUCGGAAGAGGAAAACCCCCCUUACCCUCCUGAGGCCGUUGUUACCCAUGCCAGUUCCGUGCUCCAGGCCCAAGAGAGUCGGUUUAGUUUUAGCCCCUCGAGACCUCUCGCAGGUCUGUAUGAAAUUUCGCCUCGAGCCAGCCGCUCUCCUUCCAUUUCUUCGGCUGUCGUUGAGUCCCUUCCUCCUUUGCCCUCAACCACCAUACAUGCAGUGGAGACAAGUGAGGAGGAAGAAGAUAUGGAAGGAAUAGUGAGCGAGCUUUUGGAUAGAUAUACGGCUGCGUGA